CUCUGUACGAUGUACGAUCAGUAAUGCCCAAAGUGCCAUAAUGUACAAUAAUCUGACCAUUUUGUGAUUCUUACAAUUAGUAAUUUAUUAUAGUCUACGCUGUCUCGUUUAAAUUCGUUUCCCGACAUAAUUAUAGCAAUAUAUGGAUCCUACGUCUGUAUUUACGGUGUUUACGCAUCUCUUCUCGUGUCCUCUUUCGAGCCAAUCAUACUUCGUGUAGAUUAUGUUGAUCAUGACGCAGUAGACAUGGCUGUAGUAUUCCGGACUCCGCUCGAAGCUGGAGAUGAUUAGCUAAACUUCUUGUAAUUUAAUUUUAUAAUAUGAGGCUAUUACAACACUGUCAGACUGAUGAACUUAUGGACACAUCCCAUGUAGAUUUGUAGUUACAGCCGUUGAAAAUGAAUUGGGUUGGGGGUUCUAGGAACCGGUUGGUGAUGAAGAAUGAUGCAAAAAGGCAGAGGGAGUUCUUUGAAAAGACAAAAAUGCAACAGAAAUUGAAAAACUUGGGAAUUGCUGUGCCAGCAUCCCCUCGAGGCACUAGUUCUGGUAGUAUGGACUUGGUGACUUUGUUCAUCGUCAACCAGAUUGCUGCUAAGAAAGAAAAUAAAGAUCCUCCCAAAGUGGCAGUUCUUGGCAGCUAUAAAGGAGGAUCAAAGCAUAAGAGAAAUUUGCCCCUUGUACUCCCAAUGAGCCCCUGCUCUCCAUCGCAGCUGAGUCUUGUUGAGAGCCAGCCUGAGUUCAGUGUUCAAGGAGCAAGAAAGAGAAAACAUGUUAUUCCACAAGGGUUCAAGUGUCGGCAGCUGUCACCAGUGCUGGAGUCAGCUUUCUCAGACCACAGUGCAUCAGACUACCUGCCACCCAUAACGAACACCCUCAGCCCCUUGUCCUACACUUCAUCAGCUUCCUCAGGCCGAGGAAUAUUCCCCCUGCAGCUGAAUCUCCAGCAGAGAAGCCAGGCGCAGGCACAGCUACCCCCCCACUGCUCCCCUCCACCCUGGGACACCUCAGGCCUGGUGCAGACCGAGUUUCAGCCUUUCUCCCACCCCAGAGGUAUGACAGACAGUAUCCCCUGGUCCUGUGGAUCAAACCCACCCCUCUACCAACUGGAAACACCCUCAGCAUCCCAAGUCCUGUUUGGAACUACAGAGCCAGAUAACACAGAGGCCAAUGACCAUGCAAGACAUGAGGUCACCUUCUCUCUCAACCAACCAGAGGACAGGGAGGGGAUGUUGGAUUUCACUCUCAACCAGUCAGAAACUGAGCAGCAGUUUGAGGAAGAUGUCUUCAGGGGCUUCAGUACUGAAGAAUGUGAAAGAGAAGCUUCUCAUUUUGGGAGAGGAAAAUCAAAGAUAUAUCUCAAAGAUGAAACACCUGUCAAAUCUUCAACACCACAAACCGUCCCUGACUCACAGUGCAUAGGCACGGAGGUCUCCAACUGCCCUGACAUGGACUUUUCAUGUCUUGAACACAACAAUGGCCCCAUGAAUGGCUGUGACUAUUCGCCAAGUUACUCUUGUAGAAGAGGUUACCUCAGUUCAGACUCAAAUGAUGAUGAGGAAUGCUGUGAGCCAUGUCUCCAGGCUGCCUCUUCAUAUAUGGACCAAGUCUGUUGUGCUGAUAGCCUGAACCAAAACCUGGGCCCAGAUAAAGCCUUAGGAAGUAAUAGCCAACAGACGGGAGGCAACACAGCUCAGUUUGAAUCUCCUCAAGAUCUGGCUCACACUCAGAGCUCCGCGCUGUGCAAAUGCAAGAAAACAUCCAAUGCAACUCAAGAUGCAGGAACGCAAACUGUCGGCAACCCCACAGCUGAGACAUGUGAUGCCUCGACUCAGUGCAGCUUUGUUGUAGACAGCGCAACCAAAGCUGAUGGGUUCAACUUGUGCCUACCACCUGUUGAAGGGUCAGUACAGCAUCCAGCCACAGGGAGGCAGACUGAUACUGCUGCAGAGCCAAAUACACAUACAUCUUCAUCGGAAAAGGCCAGUAGUGGAGGGAAGCAUACGCCCUGGAGCAAGAAGAAAUCUAGGGCUGGUUCCCUAUCAGGCAGUGAUAGCAAAGUGAUCCUAAAGAGACCCAUAAACCCCUUUCUAGAUGCUGUGAGCAUGACUGAUGGCAGAGGUAUAGAGAAUCAAGAGGGCAGAGAUGAAAGAGGGCAACAAGAAAAUGGCCGUCUGAUGAAAGACCUCUCAAAUGACGUUAGGGAGGAGGUCACAUCUGCCACCAGAGUUAACAGGCUCUCAGAAGAGGCCGAAACGCUUCAGGAAAUAGCCGACAUUUUGCUCCUGCUCAAGCAGAGGAAGAAGGAGGGAUGCUAAGGAAGGAAGACAGAUGAAUGAAGGCAGCAGGAAAUAAAAAACAUGCCUGUUCUGUGCAUGUUUGUUUUUAAUUCAAAUAAUUAAUUCUAAGUUUUGAGUAUAUAAAGCACAUAAAAUAUUCACAGUGUUUGUUCAAAGUGUUAUGAUAGAGACACAGUGAAAUAAAGCCCCAAAGCGUU